AUGAAGCUGUCUCUGUUCACCUCUGUCCUUCUGACUGGCCUAGUUGUCGCUCAGCAAGCAAAGCUCCCUACAUGUGCUCAACCCUGCGUCGAUAAAUACACCACAGGCGGUGGCGUUGCCGGAUGUGGCCAGCUCGACAUCAAGUGCAUCUGCAGCAACAAGGACUUCCUCUCUGGAAUCGCGUGCUGUCUCGAGGAGAAGUGCGAUGCCGAGGGUAGAGACACAGCCGUCAAGUACGCCAAGCAGAUCUGCUCGUCCUCAGGAGUGACUGAUCUGCCCGACGAGGUUAAAUGCGACAAGAGCGCUGCCUCGGGCACCGCGACUGACAAGACCACACCUACGAGCUCUACUACCAGCGAGACAUCGGCCGCAUCCAGCAGUGCCAGCGACAACCAGGGCAACGCUGCUUCGCGUGAGGGCGCCGCCGGCAUCCUGGGUGUCGCUAUGGCCAUGCUGUUUGCUCUGUAG